AUGUCACUGUUCUUACUAAAAUUUAACUUUUUUUAUUUGUUAAUUUCUAUUUUACUGCAAGGUGUAGUAUUUCAACCUUGUAAUUCCCUUAAGGAAGUUGUUAAUUUAGAUAUUAAGUCAAAUUCACUCAACGAAGAUAUUAAAAAGAUAUCCAAGUUCAGAAAAUGGACAACUUUUAAGGUUAUAGAUCCAGCAAACAAGAGAAUUGGGGAGGUAAAAUAUGGAGAAAUAGUUAUAAUGAAGGAUACCAAAGACGAUAUAUCGGAAAGGAUUGUUUACUUCAAAGUAUUAAGACGUAUAUUAGAAAAAUACAUCAUAAAAGUAGUGACAAUUAUAAACGAUGUUCCUCGUACUGACGAGUUCAUAAUAAUAGACACGGAAUUUGACAAAAAAUGUAUAAAAAUAGUUAGGGAACCCAUUGACGUAAACAUUGGAAGGAUUGACAAAACUGUACUUAAGGUAAAUAAUACCAUAGAAGGAUGGACUGAAUAUGCUAUAAGGAAUGAAAUUACAACGCAGUAUAGAAUGGGUAGUAUAUUCGAAGGAAAUACAGUGAUAGUUUCAGAUUCAUCAAAUACCAAUAUCAGAUUAAGGUAUUUACACGUAUCACGACAUGUUGGAUACGGAAAUAUAAUGCAUCUGUGUAUUCCAUUUCUGAAAAAUUCCUAUCCGAAAAUAGUCAGGGUCUUUACUUAUUACAAUGAGGGUGAGAGAUCAUUUGAUGAGUAUGUACAAACGCUUAGAAAUGGAGUCAAAGUAUACACUGAACUGGUUAGAAGGUCUGCUAGUUUAGAUUUAUCAUCGAAAAAUAGAAAGUAUAUUAAAAAAACCAGAACUGAAUCAGAUAAUUAUUUGUACCUGAUUUCUGACAAGUAUAAAAAUUGGUGGAAAAUUGGGAAAGUAACUAACAAAUCAUUAUUAAUUAUAGAUGAUGACGAGAGUGUAAGAUUGAGGAGUGUUUAUACUCAUAUAGAUGAUUUGAUUUAUGAAUUUGUGGAGGUAAAGACCUGUUACAAAAGGGGUGACUGCAAAAAAUGUAAAUACGUAUUAGAGGAUAAUAAAUACAGAGAAUCUACUUGUAAAUUAGAUAUGGAUGACUUGAAAGAAAGUGCUUCCAGCGGAAACGUGUUCUCCUCAGACGAUAAACUUUCUAAUACUAACAAUCAGGACAAAUAUAUGAAGGGUAUAGUCUCAUUCGAUAAAGGAAAGACAUCUACUAAUGAUAUAGUUGUUGACGUGAUGAAUCCUACUUCAAACCACUUUACAAUAGAUAUGUUACCAUCGUCAAACGGGUUGUUUUUUUCACUAAAUAAAGAACUAAUGGGCAAAGAUAAUUAUCUGAGAAUAACCAAGGGAGACAAAUCACUUGUAAAUGUACAUUUGUAUAAAACAUCUGAGGUAGAGUUUAUAGUAAAAAUGGGAGAAAAUGAAGAACCAAGGGUAUUAAUGUGGGUUAAAUGCGGCAUGGAGCUUUUCAAGGACAAUGAAGUCAUAGUUAUAGACUCUCUUAGGAAUCGAGCAAUGUAUAUGUCAAACAAAAUAGACUCAAAGGUGAAAGAGUUUAUUGAUAAUAUCAUAAACUAA